CUCCAAACAGGUUUCGCGUUUCUUGCCUAUUCACUUGGCUUGGUGGCUACGCGUUUUCCAUGCCAAUAACAGGCAAUUUUGCCAGGCUGCUUAGUGGCAUGGUUGUUUAGGGGAUAGGUUCCUACGCUUGAGCGGCGGCGUGGGAUUAAUCAAACGGCAUUACAGUGUUCCCCUUGCUGGGGGCUAGUACAUGUGAGAGGGUUUAGUUGGUGUUGUUGUCUUUCACAGGUGCUUACUUGCGGGUCUCGCCUUUGUUUUCCUCUGUGGGGAUGUCGACUGAAAUUCCACCCUCUUCACUUGUUCGCUCAUUCGCUCUCUUACCUCAGUGUCACCCGCUCCUGAAGGACUCCCCAAUCCCACGAACUCCUCUGCCUUUCCCUCCUCUUUUCUUUCUCUUGUCUUCCUCUCCGCCUACAACUAAGAUCAUGGACGGCUGAGUUCGACCUUUGUACCGCUCGUUUAGCACCUGAUUUCUUCCUUGGUGAUCGUUCGCCUUGUCGUUCGUUAUUCUAUUGCGACACGCUCACAGCGCUGCCCAUCCUCGUUAGCCACGCGUCUGGUCAAUCAUGUUACAUCCGCUACACUUCAGCUUUUUGGCCUUUUUGGCCACCUCUUGGUUUGUUGGCUUGACAGUUGCAGAUGCGGGUGAUGUCAGCCUAUGUGGCCAAUCCGACUGGUGGAACUCGACAGAUGUCCCCUAUUCAUUCAACAACAAUGCAUGGGGCAAUGACAGUUCGGGUUACCAGUGUCUUUCCAUCCAUGACGGUGGCCGCAGCUUCAGCGUCGCCUACAAAUGGACUGGGGACGCAUCUCUUGUUAAGGGAUACCCAUACAUGAAGGCACAUCCUACCAGGCUGCCCGUUCAACUUUGGAAUGUCACACAACUGCAGAUCACUGGGAACUGGCAGACUUAUGUCACUGGCAAGGAACAGGCCAGUGCCGACGAGCAGGCCAAAGCCUUCAAUGACGUCUCGCUCUAUGCCAAUGUCGCUGUCGAUAUGUUCUUGUCCGAUAAUCGAGAAAAUUCCACCAUGGUCGGCGCUCCUAUUGAGAUUAUGAUAUGGCCAUGGUGGACCCCGACUGUGAAGCCUCUGGGUUGGGCCGAGUCAACUCCCGACAAGGAUACCGUCACUAUCGACGGCACGCCAUUCUCCCUGUGCCAUGGCUGGAACGAUGGCGGACAGCACGUCUUUUCCUGGCUAGCCCGUACCAACCUCACCCGAACGGAUGCCGACUACGGCCCCUUGCUCCAGUACAUCUGGAAGAAGGGUAUGCUGUCCGGUGCCUUGUGGCUAGGACAGCUCGAACUGGGAACUGAAAUCAAGCAUGCUGCAGGCGACAUGCAUUUCGAAGCGAGCAACUAUACCCUCAAAGUUGUACGACAGGGCGAUCCGGAAGACAAGACGUCCACCACCUCGACGACGUCCACCACCUCGACGACGUCCACCACCUCGACGACGUCGGCCACGGCUAGCAGAACUCCCACCACCACAUCGGCCCUAGCAACUGCCACUGCCGACAGCAUCACCAGUGUUCCUGCUCCAACAAGCACGAAUGCAGGGUCACCUAGGCUGUAUGUACACACAUUGUGUUGGUGGCUUUGGGUUGCUGGCAUAAUUAUAUAAAUAAAGUAAGAUGCUGCAUUAGAAAAUACUAUACUUAGUUUUUCUACAUAGAAGAAGUUGUUUAUUUUAUAACUCUUAUUAAUAAUCUAAUUAUUAUACUUAUCUACUAC